AUGCGCGUUAAUGUCAAGGUGCACGGAUUGCAGUUCGUGGUCCCCUGUGGUGAAGGUUCGCAGACCUGUCUAUGGCUCGGACUAGCUGUUGCGCAGCGAUAUGCACUAGCAGCACCCCACGGACGCUGUCGUACUCGUGAAGACGCACACAUUAAGCAGGGAUUUUUCCUGCCUGCUGCUAUCGUCAAGUCGAAUGGCCAAGUGCUUCGUCCCGAAAAGCGAAUCGCCGAGACUUGCAAGGACAACGAGACGUUAACGGUCCAGCUCCAGCAAGAAGUGCCGGUGAACGAGAUCGGAACGCCUCAAUUCACAGCGUGGACUGCGAGUGCGUUCUUUCCGUCGCAGAAGCGUGUUGAUAUCCCCGAUCAUGCCUCGGAUGCUAAGGCGGACUCAAAGUCGACCGCAGCCAAGGGAGACUCGGCCGCGGAGGAGCUGAAGCAAUACGCCCACGCCGAGAUGCUGCAGCAAGUCAACUCGGGCCAGUUCUUGACCGACAUGGAGGUUGAGGCCGCCUUCCUCUACGACUGGAGCCGCAUCCGUGCCGAGGAUAUUGAAAAGGACCCUCGCGAGCGCGACCUCCUUCAAGAACUGCUGCUGUCUCGGUUCUCGGAGCUGAACGCUGGGUACAUGCACUACGCAACAGGCAGCAGCGAGCUCACCUACGGCAUGAACGGUGCCGAGUUUUCACACUUCUUACACGAAUGCGAGCUCAUCAGAUUCCACGACGCCAACGACCAGAAAGUCGUGGAGAAGGUGGUCUCCCAGACGUUGCGCCACGACGGACUGGUUGCAAUGAGUGAUCGAGGCACGCUGUCUCGGGUCGGGUUCCUGCAUGUCUUGCUGCGGGUGGUGCAGGCUGUGUCAACCUCCAAGGCCCCACUCAGCGAGACUUUCGACAGCGUACUCAAAGCGCAGAUCUUGCCUACCAUCACUCGACUUACCAGUGGCCCAUUCCGAGACCACUCGCACCAUGAUAAAAUGGUGGCGAUCUUCCAGGAAGCCAAGCCGAAGCUCCUCAAGCUGUACGCCAAGUACGCUCAAGAUCAUGCGCCGAAGCCGUCGAUCCGAAAGAAAACCGACAACCCCGAGGCGGAAGAUGGAUCAGCCACAGCUCCGUCGACGAGUCCACCGGUAUCGUCCACCUGGCCGCUGUUGCUGUCUGCGGUGGGGUUGAAGAGCAUGUUGUACGACUGCGGCAUCUUCUGCUCUGGCACACCGGAGGAGCAGGAAGUGAUGUUCGAUCGCGCAGUGGACCAGAGCUUCUCCGGCAUGUGCGAGGUGGAGCGAGCCGAGGACAGGAUGCUCGUCUUCAGCGAGUUCCUCGAGGUCACUGCUCGGGUUGCAUUGGCCGUGCUGGAGAACGAAAACGAGCUGCCUCCACGAGACGCGAUCAAGCUCGCGCUGGAGGCGGUGCGGAGUCUGCCGCUCAAACAGGAAGCGCCCAAAGCGCGCAAGUAG